GGGAGGUGGAGAAGGCGGUGCAUGGUGCUCAGAGCCUCCAUUUCAGAUGGCGUGAACUGCUGCAGGAAGGGGGCGGAGCCUCCAAAGAGGAAAUAGACUGGACAACCAAUGAGCUGAGGAACAGCCUGCGCUCCAUCGACUGGGACCUGGAGGACCUCGACGAGACCAUCAGCAUCGUGGAGUCCAACCCUAAGAAGUUCAACCUGGAUGCUGCUGAGCUGACGAAG